UUGAGGCGCCACGGACCUCGACGGCGUCCUUAGUAGGCGCUCCUUUCCGGUUCUUCGCGGGAAGCCCUGUCUUCUAAGGUCUCGCUCCUCGAGCAGUUCUGAGGGAGAGAGGCCUCCAGGGAGAGAACUUCCUUUCUGUGCUGCCCGGACCCGGAACUCAAGGACUUAGGCUUGACCGACCUGGCGUGGGGAAGAGUUAGAAGACGGACAAGGGAGGGUACGGGUGGCCGGGAGGCCUCUGAGACAGCGCCGGAAGACGGUUUUCGGAGGGAUUCGACUCAGACUCACGUCGCACUCCUCGCAGUGGGACCGGUGGGAACUGGGAACGCUGGAGACCUGAUUUCGAGGUGACGCUGCCGUCGCGGCCGCCGGCAAGUUCCUUUACUGUGUUUUCUUGGCUCAGCCUUGAAGUGAGUCGUGGACGAUCCUCUCUCAGCGUCCAGCCUGGACAGCGGGGUUGCUCCGGCAGCGUUCCUGGGAGCCCAGGGCCAGAGACUGAGUGUGGGUGUUUCUCUGAGGGUCUUUUCUCCGGGAUAGACAGGGAGGAGGAAGGAGAACGGCAACUAGAGAUGACAGUGUUUCCUUCGGAAACCAUCAGUCUUAAGGGUACUGGCCCUCGUCUUCUAAGUACGCAAGUCAGAAAAAUGCAGAUGUCGCAGACAAGCCUGCUCACCUCAACCUUUAAUUAACUAGUUCCUGGCUUGGACCGUCACGGUGGCCACCUAAUUUGUCUCCGGCUGUAGUGUGUUGCCAGACUCAACUUCUCUGUUGUGUGGACUAUGCCAGACUUGGGGUGUACAAGCGUGUUGAGAAAGAUACGGUUUAUUUCAAACUCCUUCCAGAGAGGUUGUCAGGAUGAUUUCUCUGGAACAUGCCUAUAGUUUUAUAUUGCACCAGCACGUAAGAUUGUAGAAGUUACUUUUUUUUUUUUUUUUGAAACGGAGUCUCACUCUGUCGCCCAGGCUGGAGUGCAGUGGCACGAUCUUGGCUCACUCUAAGCUCCGCCUCCCGGGUUCACGCCAUUCUCCUGCCUCAGCCUCUCAAGUAGCUGGGACUACAGGCGCCCGCCACCACGCCCGGCUAAUUUUUUGUAUUUUUAGUGGAGACGGGGUUUCACCGUGUUAGGAUGGUUUGGAUCUCUUGACCUCGUGAUUCGCCCGCCUCGGCCUCCCAAAGUGCUGGGAUUACAGGCGUGAGCCACCGCUCCCUGCCGGAGUUACUUUUACAUGACAUGCACUGUAUUGUCCCAUUCUGUAACAGUGCUGAGUUAGCUGUUAUUUUUCUGGGACCUAGAGAAGUUGAAUAGUUAGGAAAUACACGAAGGUAGGAUUUGAAUCCAGGCAGUUAGACUUCAGAGCCCAUGUUCUUAACCAAGACACCGUGUCACCCCUCAGUAAAAGGCCCCUCCCCAUCUUCAGAACAGUCCUGGGUUCUGAGCCUGCCAUCCAAGGAACUCAGGAGGAGGAGUUGACAGUCUCUUCAUUCCUAACCACUCUGGGACAACUUCAGCAUGUCUCAGGCCACCAAGAGGAAGCAUGUGGUGAAGGAGGUGCUGGGGGAGCACAUCGUGCCCUCCGACCAGCAGCAGAUUGUCAGGGUACUCAGGACCCCAGGGAACAAUCUGCAUGAGGUGGAGACAGCCCAAGGGCAGCGCUUCCUGGUGAGCAUGCCCUCCAAAUACCGCAAGAACAUCUGGAUCAAGAGAGGGGACUUUCUCAUUGUUGACCCCAUUGAAGAGGGAGAAAAGGUGAAGGCUGAGAUCUCGUUUGUGCUCUGCAAGGACCACGUGCGCUCCCUGCAGAAGGAGGGCUUUUGGCCUGAGGCCUUCUCUGAAGUGGCUGAGAAACACAACAACAGGAACAGACAAACUCAACCAGAACUCCCAGCUGAGCCACAGUUAUCAGGAGAGGAGUCCAGCUCAGAAGAUGAUUCUGACCUGUUUGUUAACACAAACCGCAGACAGUAUCAUGAGAGUGAGGAGGAGAGCGAAGAGGAGGAGGCCGCCUGAGACUCCAGGAUCCACUUUUCCACUUGCUCAGGGACUGGCCCCUGGCUCAUCUGGGCUUGGACAUUCCCAGGGUGCUCUGCAGAUCUUCACCCCGGGUGAGGACAAAGCAGGGCCCCUCUCUGAACUGAUGUUUUGAUUAGGAGAAUUAAACCCCUGGUGGGUUGGUGACUUGU